UUUCUGUGAUCCACUGCUCAGCUCUGGCCUACAUGCUGCAGAUGUCAGAGGAGGUUCUAGAUGAGUUGGAACUGAAGAAGUACAACACAUCAGUAAAGGGACGACAGAGACUGAUUCCAGCUGUGAGGAACUGCAGAAAGGCUGAGCUUUGCUCAUGUGGACUCUCAGAGACUCACUGUGAAGUUGUGGCCUCAGCUCUGAAGUCCAACCCCUCCCAUCUGAGAGAUCUGGACCUGAGUUUCAACAAGCUGCAGGAUUCAGGAGUGAAGCUGUUGUGUGCUGGACUGGAGAGUAAAAACUGUAGACUGGAGACUCUGAGAUUGAGUCGUUGCAGUUUGUCAGAGAUCAGCUGUGAUUAUCUGGUCUCAGCUCUGAAGUCCAACCCCUCCCAUCUGAGAGAGCUGAGGCUGAGUCACAACAAUCUGCAGGAUUCAGGAGUGAAGCUGCUGUGUGGUUUUCUGGAGAGUCCACACUGUAGACUGGAGACUCUGAGAUUGAGUCGUUGCAGUUUGUCAAAGAUCAGCUGUGAUUAUCUGGUCUCAGCUCUGAAGUCCAACCCCUCCCAUCUGAGAGAUCUGAGGCUGAAUCACAACGAACUGCUGGAUUCAGGAGUGAAGCUGCUGUGUGGUUUUCUGGAGAGUCCACACUGUAGACUGGAGACUGUGAGAUUGAGUCAUUGCAGUCUGUCAGAAAUCAGCUGUGAUUAUCUGGUCUCAGCUCUGAAGUCCAACCCUCCCAUCUGAGAGAGCUGAGGCUGAGUAACAACAACAAUCUGCAGGAUUCAGGAGUGAAGCUGCUGUGUGGUUUUCUGGAGAGUCCACACUGUAGACUGGAGACUCUGAGAUUGUUCGGCUGCAGUUUGUCAGAGAUCAGCUGUGAUUAUCUGGUCUCAGCUCUGAAGUCCAACCCCUCCCAUCUGAGAGAGCUGGAUCUGAGAGACAACAAGCUGCAGGAUUCAGG